AUGCGAGCUUAUAAAGAAGCUGAUACUUCAAAGGACGGUUACGUUGAAAUCGAAGAAUUUCGCCAAGUUGAUAAAGACAACGACGGACGCAUCAAUUUUGAUGAUUUCAAGAAGAGGCGUAAAUUUAUGAAAUUAGAUAACCUUUCAAAUGAUGAGCUUAAGGCAGAGUUCGAAAAGAUAGAUGAGAAUAGGGUGGUUUUAUUCUCUUUAAUGAG